AUGAUACGGGAGUGUGACUCUGGAAAAUCUUCACACUCGAUCAAGCGCAUGGCUUGUCGGUUUACUGCACAGCUGCGGAGGAGUCUUGCUUUGGACGACAAGUCGCAGAACUUACACAGGAAUGCAUCCAUCUCGGUUGAAGGUGGCUUCGAGCAAGCGCCUAAAACAGAUGCGAGACAUUACCGUACGUGUUGCAGUUCUCUUCGUGUGCGGUCCUGGAGCGGGAAGCCUAUGCACGGGCAGUAUCGUCGUCUCACUGAGCAACCGCCUGUGGACAUGAAAGAGACCUACGGAUGGCUAAAGGCAGCGAAUCUUCCUGCUGCAACUGAGGAACUGGUUGUUGCUGCUCAAGACCAAGCUCUUCGGACUCGGUACUAUGAGCGCAAGAUUCUACAUCGUGAUGUCAGUCCUACUUGCCGCAUGUGCAGUGUAGGCCUGGAGACAGUCGACCACAUUGUGGCAGGCUGUAGUGCUUUGGCACCGACGGACUACACUGAUCGACACAAUCAGGUGGCAUCCAUCAUUCACUGGGACGUUUGUCGCCAUUUUGGGGUUCCAGUGGAGAGCAGAUGGUACCGGCAUCAUCCUGAUAGGCUUGUGGAGACGGAUGACAUUACUAUGAUGUGCUGUCCUGCUGAUGGCAACAUCGCCAGGAAACAGACUGAAAAGUUGACGAACACAGUGACUUGCGGCUGA